AGGCUCUCACCGCCGCCGUCAAAGGCAGUGCCACCACCGCGUCGCAGCCGAGAAGAGAUGGCAGCCCUGCGUGCUCAGAUGGCUGCAGAUGCGAAGGAAAGGGAGCGGGAACGUGUUGAACGCUACCAGCGACACCAGACCGAGACCAAAAAAGAGGAAGCCUUGGAGCUCGCCAGUAGGGGCACUCACGGGGCCUCCUUCCUCAAGGGUCUAACCUUGGCACAUGUGGCCUCCUCGUCUGUGGAAGAGGGAGUCCAUCGGAAGGCGAAUUCCCGCCAGCGCGGCGGCAUGGAAGAAAAUUUCCUACGUCAGUAA